GACCGUAUGCCACCCAAUCUCUCCCUCUCCAUAGGAGUAUUAUUCAAGCUUCCAUUCUCCACACUCGACCGCCUUUUUCCUCUCUCUCUAGGGUUCUCUCUUAUUCGCCUGAACAAAUCUGGAUUCUCGCAGUCGCAGAUACAUUUUCGGGAUUUUCACACCAAUUCAAUCAAUCCCGCCUCUUUCUACUUCGAUCCUUGACCUCCUAUCUCACUCUGCCAUGAAUUGAAUCCGCUCCUUUCUUCGGGUUUUUUGCGGAGGGGAUUAUGCAUUAGGAUUUUGUUUUCGGUGAUUGCAGAGUUUAUGCACUGAUCUUUGGCCGUUGGUUGAGGAUUCAAGGUGCUGAGUCAAACCCACAGCCGACUGCUCAAGGCCUCAAGUUUGAACCAUACGGAUCCAUGUACAACGAGGGAGCACCUGGCUAUAUAAUUGACCAGGGCUUGUAUUAUCCUACUGGCACCAGCUAUGGAUACAUCUGUACGGGAUAUGAACCAACCAUGGAUUGGGAAGACCAGCAUAGGUUUUUCCGUGUAGACAGUCAAGAUAUUCAUUACACAGUUGCGACAAAUGAGAACACACCCUAUGUAUAUUAUUCACCCAAUUAUGGGUAUGGGCAGUCUGCUUUUAAUCCAUACAAUCCUUAUAUUCCUGGUGCUGUGGUAGGAGCUGAUGGAUCAAUUAUACCAGCACAACAGUACUUUGCCCUUCCCUCGUAUGAGGAUCCUGCUACAUCGGCGUCAUACCUUCCUGUAGUUUUCCAGCCAAGGCGUGAUGCUUCUGCUAAUGGGAUUGUAGAUUCAUUUAUUGAUACUUGUGGAUCUUUUAACAAGGCUGAUGGCCUACGUUCUAAAUACAAUUUGGCUCUGAAUACUCCUGAUUCCUCAUUGACCGCAAUGGGUGAUGCCUCUGGUCAAAGAAACUCUUUUGGAAAAAUGUCUGAAGGUAGGGUUAAUACGGGGACUGGGAAGCAGCAUCCAUCAAGUAUUACUUCUGGUAGUAUUAAUAGUCAAGCUGCAUCGCAGAUUUCCCAGAUUAGAGGCCCUCAAGGCAUGGAGAGAUCGUUACGUGGGAAAGCAUCGGCUGUCGGUAAUCAGUUAAAGACUGCUUUUACUUCUGGAAACGGAGCAUCUACUUUCGAAUCGAUCAAUUAUUCCCUUGCAUCUGUAAAUAAAGUUAAGCCUAACAUGCUUAGUGGGAGGGCUCCUGAUGAUGAAAGAGCUGGUUCUGAUAUAUCUAGCGACCAGAAUAGAGGGUCUAGGAUGAGCAAAUCAAAGAACCAAUUGAUUGUAAAAGCCUAUACAUUAAGGGCUGGAAAUCCUGAUGCACAAGGAAACAUCAUUAUCUCUAGAGAUCAGUAUAACAGAGUUGAUUUUCCGGUGGAAUAUGCAAAUGCAAAGUUUUUUGUGAUUAAGUCAUAUAGUGAGGAUGAUGUGCAUAAGAGUAUCAAGUAUAAUGUGUGGUCAUCCACUCCCAAUGGAAACAAGAAGCUUAGUGCUGCAUAUGAAGAUGCCAAGAGAAUAUCUGCUGGAGACUCAAGAGGCUGCCCCAUCUUCCUCUUCUUUUCUGUUAAUGCGAGUGGCCAGUUCUGUGGUAUUGCAGAAAUGACCGGCCCAGUGGAUUUCAACAGAGAUAUGGAUUUCUGGCAGCAAGAUAAAUGGAGUGGAAGCUUUCCUGUAAAAUGGCACAUCAUAAAAGAUUUGCCAAACCCAAAUUUUAGGCACAUCAUAUUGGAGAACAAUGAGAACAAGUCAGUGACUAACAGCAGAGACACACAAGAGAUAAGCUUCAAGAAAGGCUUGGAGAUGCUUAAAGUAUUCAAGGGCCAAACGUCUAAGACAUCCCUACUUGAUGACUUCAUGUACUAUGAAAAUAGACAGCGGAUUUUACAGGGAGAGAGAGCCAGGCUUUUCAUGAAAAGCUAUGAAAACCCUUAUCUUGUUCCAUUAUUGGAUCCUCCUCGCAAGCAUCAGUCUGUUCAUGAUUUUCCUCCUAUUAGCGAUGCAAAUUCUGCCAAACAUGAUACCAAUAAUUCAAGUAUGGCAAACAAAGGGGAAGUUCCCUCAGAGGCUGUAUCAACUUGCUCCGCGAGCGACCAUGCUGAGCCCAAAGGGCAGAUUUCCUCGGGGACUAAUCCCACCAAUGGAGCUGGUGUCCCUGGGAGCCGUAAAGGCUCAGCAGAUGGAGUGCCAAAUGCAGUUGAUGAACUUAAAAUUAGUGGUUUGAAGAUACAUUCAGACGAGCCAGGUUCAAGGUGUAUGCUCCCUACUAGCGCAGUAUCUAACAAAACUAACAGUGAGGUGGUAAAUGUUGUCACUAUAGGGUCAAUGCCUGUCAAAGUGGUGGAUACCGGAUCUUCUGGUUUUCUGACAGUGGGUACAAUUCCACUGGAUCCAAGAACUCUCCUUAAUGAGUAGCUAGACAGGGGACAGUGCAUAAGAAGAGAGGUUUACGACGACUCGUGAAGAUGGAUUUGGAUGGUUAGUUUUUUUAUUUGAAACGUUGUUGACAAAUUCCUGGGGGAGCUCUGCAUUUCUAUUGUACAAUUGGGUGUAGUCAUACUCGGUCUUGGCUUCUGUUUCGGAACAUCGGUGGUAUAACAUCCAGGGGCAGGAUAGCUUGCAGUUUUCAUCCCUCUUUCGUCUGGAUGAGAAGGAAGAAUUUUUAUUUUAACUAAAUUGAAAUGUUAUAAAUACUGAUGUUAUCUUUUUUCCGGUUUCUUUAGCGGGAGUGGCUGGGGUAGGGACAUUGGUCUUAAGCCGAGGGUGCUGUUGCUCUUUCGUUUCCGAUUAACUCAUUGAUUUUUUGCCUUUUGGCUUCAUCUUUACAGAAGUUAUAUCCAAGAAAAAGGAAAAUAAAAAUUUACGUUUA